AUGCCACCCCCCGUGGGACCCCCCGGCUUCCCCCUCAGCGGGCCCUGCCCUCUGGGCCACUACUGUCCCCAGGGAACUCCUUUCCCAGUUCCUUGCCCAGCUGGGACCCUCAACAAUGCCACUGGAGGUGGCUCCCAGGACAGCUGUGUGCCCUGCCACCCUGGGGCGUUCUGUGCCAGCCCAGGGCUCAGCUCUCCCACAGGACCCUGCUCCGAGGGCUUUUACUGCCCUGCCAACUCCAGCUCCACCAGCCCCACGGCACUGCCGUGCCCCCAGGGUCAUUUCUGUGGCUCAGGCUCUGCCCUCCCCAGGCCGUGCCCUGCCGGGCAGUACCAGCCAGCCUCGGGCUCUGCCUCCUGCAUCCCGUGCCAGAGAGGAUUCUACUGCCAGGAUCUGGUGGCAGGGGACCCCAGGCUGUGCCCACCCCAUUCCUACUGUCCCACAGGGACUCGAGUUCCUCUCCCCUGUCCUGAAGGCACCUUCACUCCUGAGAACAUGAGUGGCCUCUGGAAUGAGAAGGAAUGCCUGCCUUGCCUCCCUGGCCACUACUGCAGGCACGGGAAGCUGGAAGGGAAAUGUGCAGCUGGAUAUUUCUGCCUGGCUGGGAGCUCUCAGGCUGCUCCCCGAGGCCUCCCCUUCUCCUGGCGCUUCCUGGCCGGGUGUCGCUGGGGCCAGCUGUGUGCAGGGCUGUGUCCUGCAGGUCACUACUGCCUGGAGGGGUCUGAGGUGCCCACAGCGUGUCCUGCCAACACCCUCAGGGCUCUGCCAGGGGCUGCCAGGAGGGAGGAUUGCCUGCCCUGCCCGCCAGGCCGCUGGUGCAAAGCAGGGGACUCUGAGGCGCACCUGUGCCCUUUGGGACACUUCUGCCUGGGGAGCAAUGGCAGUGAGCACAGCAGGGUGCUGGCCCCUCAGCAGUGCCCUCCCCACACCUUCCGUGGGCACCCGGGAGCCCAGAGCCUGGCAGAGUGCCAGCCCUGCCCGCCAGGGUUCCUCUGUCCCCUGCCAGGCCUGACCAGCUUUGAGGAUUAUCCCUGUCCCCCUGGGUACUGGUGCCUGGCAGAGGGGACACUUUCCUGUGUCCAGCUGGCACUUCCAGGAUCCAGCCUGGUGCAAAAUCCUUGGAGGAGUGUGAUCCCUGCUCUCCUGGAUAUUACUGCCCGGAUCCAGCGCAGACAGGGCUCCCCAACACCCGGGGAAUUCCCUGCAAACCUGGCUAUGAGUGCCCAGCAGGGUCAGUAAAUCCCAAGCCCUGCAGGCCUGGCUCUUACUGUGGGGCUGUGACAGGAGAGCCUCCCCUGUGUCCUGCUGGCUACCACUGUCCUGAGGGCUCCUGGACUUACACCAGCCCCGAGCAGCUGUGUGUGUUCCCAUACUACUGCCCCCCGGGCAGUGCCCACCCCGUGCCCUGUGAAGGAGGGCACAUGGCCCUCAGCCUGCCUGGCCUCAGGGGCUCAGCUGAGAGAUUCUGCAGAGUUUGUGCUGCAGGGACCUUCCGCAGCGACCCCCUGAUCUCAGCACCCUGCCAGCCCUGCCCAGCCGGCUUCACCUGCCCACCAGGCAGUGACAGCUACCACGAGCAGCCUUGUCCCCGUGGCCACUACUGCCCUGCCCUGUCCUCUGCCCCGCUGCCCUGUCCCCCGGGCACCCACGGCAGCAGCAACUUUGCCAAGCACCCAGGGGACUGCCAGGCCUGUCCUGCUGGCACCUUCAACCACCUCCCUGCCCAGGCUGCCUGCUUCC